UUCUAAAAAAAGAAUUAAAGAAGAGUUACACAGGUACUGGUCAGUUCAGUGCAGCGGCAGCCCUGUUUAGUGUUUACCCAGAAAGCAGUUUUAAAAAAACAAAAACUCUAAUCUAAUCCCUCCUCACCGGCGACACCUUGAUAUCCAUCCCAAAAGUUCACGGCUUAGGAGUUAGGAGGGACAUCACAUCACCCAUGCCAUGCCCCCCACUUUCUCACUCUCUCCCUACAAGGCUUUGAAUUUUGGAGCUCUAGCGUUUGGAAAGUUGUCGAAAUUUGAACUGAAAUUUCCUAGCAAGUGUAGUAUUAGGCAGAUUCGAAUGGCGGCAAAGACCCAUGAAUCUGUCUUAAGUGGUAGCAACAGUGAGACAAAAAGAGGUGCCUUGAUUGUUCUAGAAGGCUUGGAUCGUAGUGGGAAGACUUCACAGUCUAGUAAACUACUCACAUACUUGGAGGGUUUGGGGCAUUCAGCUGAAUUAUGGCGGUUUCCCGACAGAAGUACGAAUGUUGGGCAAAUGAUAUCUAUGUACCUCUCCAACAAAUCACAAUUGGAUGAUCACACUAUCCAUCUCCUAUUUAGUGCAAACCGUUGGGAGAAGAGAUCGUUGAUGGAAACUAAAUUAAAAACUGGAACAACGCUCAUUGUCGACCGUUAUUCGUACUCUGGGGUUGCUUUCUCCUCUGCCAAAGGACUUGACCUUGAAUGGUGUAAGGCACCAGAGAUUGGGUUGCUAUCUCCAGAUCUGGUACUUUACCUUGACAUACAACCAGAGGUAAUGAAGAAAGUGGGAGGGGAAAGAAUAAAAAAAGAUGGAUCAUGUAUCCUUUUAUGCUGGGAAUUCAUGAACCAAAAUAACUGAUUCUAAUGGUUCUGUGAAAUUGGGUAACCAUCCAUUGAGCCACUGAUAAUUUUUUCUUACAGCAAGAGUUUUGUUUGGGGUGUGGGGUGAGUGGAUGGAACCUAGGUUCUCCCUAUGGGGAGAACUGGACAGUGCCACUAGUGGCACUUGGUGAGCCACUUGGUGAGCCACUUAUAAUUUGUUAAAGAUUGAUUUUGCAUUUGUAAGAUGUUGUAGGCAAGGGUGAGUGAAUGUAACUAAUAAAUCAUAGGUUUAUAUCAAGAUAGCACUUAGUGUGCCUUAGCAAUUAUAGAGUAUAUUAGUUCUUUGAAUGAAAUAAUAGAAAUUGCAUUAGGGUAUAAUACUGGUGGAGGAUGAACCUGAUGUGUGCGCACACACAAUGUACACAUUGCAUAUACCAUAUCCUUCUAAAGUGCACAUGCACACACACACCCACACAUGGACUUAUAUACCUCUAGGACUGAGAUGUCUUUUCAAAUACUUCAGAAAGCUGCAGAGAGAGGAGGAUAUGGA